CCCAGCACUGCGCAAGUAACACUAUUCGCGUCUAGAAACGCAGCAGCACUGAUAAAAAACGCAGCAGUCAUCAAAAAGCUGGCAAAAAAAAAGCACCGCCACAAGGAAGGCAGAGCCGCACGCGAAGCGCCCAUGAUAACGCGUCGGUAUCUGGCCGCCGCGGGCAUUGCGAUCGUGGCGGUCGUCGCAACAACUGCGCCCAGAGCACCCGCAAAAAAUCGAACGACGCCGUGGCUCACCUCCAACAACGCGUCCUACGUGUCGCUGCCGCGAAUCGUCAAAGAGUACGCGCACGACUCCGGCGCGUUCACGCAAGGGCUCGUCUUCGGCGCGGACGGCGCGCUUUACGAGAGCGACGGGCUCUACCGGAAAUCGCGGGUGCGGCGCGUCGAACUCGACACGGGCAAGACGCUCGCGAAGAACCUGAACGCGAACGAGCACUUUGGCGAGGGCCUCGCGGCCAUCGGGGAGAAGCUCUACCAGCUCACGUGGCGCGAGGGGGCCAUGCACGAGUACGACACGAAGACGCUCCGACGGCUCUCGACGAGGGCGCAGCCGUUUCACGGCGAAGGCUGGGGGCUGGCCUACGACGAGACGACGGGGCUCGCGUACGGGACCGAUGGCACGCACCGCGUCCACGUGCUGCGGCCGGCGCACAACUGGGCGGCGCUCCACGUGCUUCGCGUCAAGGACGAGCGCCUCGGCGACGCCCUGAUCGAGGGCCUGAACGAAUUGGAAAUGGUCGAGGGCGAGCUCUGGGCGAACGUCCUGCCGCUGCGCUACCACAAGGCGUCGCCUUGCGUUGGACUGCGGCGUCGUAAUAUGAGGCGUCUACGCAAGCCAAUACCUAAAACACACAGGUUGCCCGCAUCGAUAUCAACACGGGCAACGUGCUUGGCUGGGUCGACCUCUCGGCCCUGCGCGACAAGCAGUCGAGCCGCGUCCGGCGGCAGCCGCACCACUUUGUGACGAACGGCAUCGCCUACCGGCGCGCAGCCGGCCGCCCGCAACUGCUCGCGACCGGCAAGCAGUGGGACUCGAUGUUCGACAUCGACCUCGAGGCGUCGAACCUGGGGCCGGACCACGUCCGGAGCCGCUGUGACCUGUAUUUGUCUCCCACCAACUCAAAAGCACACCACCGCCCGUCGAGCUUUUUCCCUCACUAGUCGUCUGUUUGUAAAAGUGAGCAAAAAUUA